CGGAGGCUCGCCCCGUCACCAGUGCUAUCUGCUAUGGUUAUGGUGCAUGCGGAGACGUGCAGUCAGGUGGACUUGAACACCCUGGGGGAAUUCUUGGAUUUGAGUUGGCCGGAUUACGAGAGGCUGAAGCGAGCCGCCGCUUCGUCCUCAUCCCAUUCCCAUCCUCGCCACUUGGACGAGCAUGAAAGCGAGGGACAGUGCAGGGACAGACAUGAAGGGGACAUGGCGCCCCGGUAUUCGGGGAGUCUUCUCAAGGAACUCCUCACGACGAGCGAACGUGAGGCGUUGAGAAGGAGCGAUCGAGAAACGGCCGAAGCCGAAGUGGAUUACGAGGGUCGGGGACAUUUGAUGCACUCUUUUGGCGUGGAGCAUCGAUGGGGAGACCUAGCUGCAGCCGCAAAUCUCUUCUCAUUCAGCCACGAAUCAGGUGGAGGUGGGAAUGGAGGAGCUUCAUCCUCCUCUCAGCCCGCUUUCCCGUCUGCAGGAUAUCCUUCCUCCCCUUACAUGAUGGCUGGAGACGUUCAGAAUCCCUCAGCCUAUCAUCCUCACUCCUCUCUAGGGAAUGCAGGAGUGGUAUCCCACGUUGGAAGUGCUGUCGCCUCUUCGCUCAAUUUGACCAAUUCUACUGCCUCCUCUUCUGCGGGGGAUUCUGUGGGAGGGGAAUCAGGGGGUGGUGGAGACGAGCCGGGAGGGGGAGGUGGAGGAGGCAGCCAUCCUCCUGGCACAGGGACACUCAUCUAUUACCAGGCUCCAGUUGGGAGUGGAGAAAUGCAGCAGCAGCAGCAGACCACAGCUGAUGGUUUUCUCACCUCCAUCCUAGAUGAAGACUUUCAACUCAUGGAUGUCUCUGCUGUCAGUGAUGGCAUGUAUCACGUGCGAGGGGGGAUGGAAGGAGGAGAAAGGGUGGAAGUAUCCAACAUGGGGAAUGGAGAAGGAGACUGGAAUCAAGCUGGAGCUUCUCCUCAUUCCGAUCCCAGUCCUUAUGCCACCAUUCCAGAUUACACAAAUGGAAGCAAGUUCCGAGGGUACGGGUAUGCAUAUCGGGGACUCAUGUUGCCUCACGGGGACAGUGAAAGACGAGGCAGCGGCCCUUCGUCGGCGACUGCUCCGCAGAAGAAACAUCACAUGUAUGGGAGACGUUACCAUCAGGAGCAGCCACCUCCUCCUCCCAAUGAUGUCUGCGUGGUAGCCCGAAGCUUUGAUGAUGAUGGUGAUGAAAGGUUUUUGGCGGGUGCUUUUUCGGAAUUGGGACAACAGUGGCUAGUCUCCUGGCUCUUCGUACUUGGCCAUCAUUAUGGAAGCAUUGAAAAUAAGGGACAAUGGGGUGGCCAACUCCAAGGGGAACUCCUUGCAGAUUUUAGACGGAAUGCCAUCUGGUCCGAGAGUAGAAAACCUCUUAAAUUCCUGAAGGAGCUGAAAAACUUCGUGGGGUGUUACCUCGAGAGGCGUGCUAGGAGGCAGGAAAGAUGGGAGGCGACUUCUAUCCAGGGGAUCGGGGACUGCACGCGGUCCAGAGAGAUGGCGGUUGAUAGCUUUAGCGACCAUGGCAGGAUCUAUGGUGGAGAUGGCAGAAAUCGAACGGAAGAUGGAUGA